CCUGUUACCGUUAACAUUUUACACAUUCGUGAUUUCUAUUUUACGCGCGAUCUCAGAUAGCGUGCAUCUUGCAUCUAAACUUAUAUUGGAGUGUGUGUGUGUGAUUUUAUGGACUCAGUGUUUAUAUAACAUUCUCUUAUGCAAAGGACAUAAAACCAUUAUUUGAAGAAAUAAAGAAAAAAGAUUUUUCUAACAAGAAAGUGAAACAUUUUGCGGAUACAAUAUGAAGCAGUGGAUAUUUGUGAUAAAUACUUUACUUCUGAUAAGUUUAGUUUCAGGAGCUCUGAAAUCAUUAGAUAAGGACACAGAAAAAUUACUUGAAAAGUCUCCCGAAAAAAUAUAUCCAAAAAAAGUUACAUCCCUGAAGAAGAAACCAACAAAGUCACCGAUCAUCAAAUCUCCAAUAGAGUCUUUCAAAGAUCUACCAGUUGAUGAUUUAGAGUUUAUCAAAGAACUAGAUAAACAGUUUAAGUUGCAUGGGGAUAAGAUCAAAAUUAAAGUCGAACGAGACAAUUCAACUGCCAAGAAUUCCAAGCGCACCGUAGAAGGUGAUUUGGGUUAUGGAUACUACAAUGGUCAAGAAUCAGGUGGCAGUGGCUAUGAAUACCCCAAACCUACGUUUAGGUUCUAUCCAUACUCACAGCAUGACAUUCCAGCUUCGGCGCCAGGAUAUCACAUCAAAGAAGAAGAACAAUCCACUAUAUCUAUCAUUCCAUCUUAUUCGUAUGAAUUAAAGCAGAAUGGAAAUGGGGGUUAUGACACCAAAGCUCCAUUUGUUGGGUCACAAGCUGACCUCGGACCACAUGAUUAUCACCAACAGGAAGAUGUUCAAGCCAAUGGCCAUGGACAAGAGCAGGCAAUUGGUCAAAUACAAGGUGGUGACCAAGGUCAUGGUUAUCAUCAAUACAAUGAGCCUGUUAUUGUUCUUCGAAUUCCUGGACCCACCAAAUACGCAACCCACUUACAGAGUCUUCUGCAGCAAUAUUUGGAAAUACGUGCUGCCCAAUACCUUAAAAUUCUAGAAGAAGCAGAGCAUCAGAAACAACAGCAGCAACAACAGCAACAUCAACAGCAACAAGAACAGCAAUAUCAUUCUUAUGAACAAGUUCAGGAGCAACCUCAAGAAGUCCACUACGAACAACAACCACAACAGCACCAACAACCAGCGCCAGCGGUAGAACAACCUAACUAUGGGUAUGCAGAACAGCAUUACCCAGCCAUUGAUGAUGUGUAUCAAAGCUUCAAGGGCAGGCAACAAGAGACCCACCAAGUUGUUGAGCAGCAGUAUGCCACUGAAGAAGCUCAUGGCGAACAACCUCAGCAGUAUUACUAUAUGCCAGUUGACCCGGGCCAUCAAUCAGCUCAUGCUCCUGGAGCGGGACAAGCCUAUCAAACAAUGUACUUCUACGCCAUGGAAACGCCAGACUACGGGCAUCAAAAUGUAUAUGUUGUACCCCAGGGAUACGAUGAUACACCACUCCCAAUUACUGAAAACAAUCCAAGAAGCACCCACACCAAGGUCCAUUUCUCCGAAUUAGACAAUAGGGACCACUCAACCCAAUAUCCUCUGCCUUCGAUUAAACCUUUUGAGCGCCAUGCACCACCUCCAACCGCUAUUCCCAUCCAUGAGAACUACCAAACAGAAGACGGCCAAACCGACGCUGACGACUAUCAACAACAACAAACAGACCAACAGUACUAUCAACACCAACCAUCACCCAGCUCUACACCAUCACAAGUAGUCUCCAUAACUCAGAGACCUUUCAACUAUCAUGCUCACUCGGUGCGGAGUAAAAAUUCCAAGCGCAAUUCUUCACCCACAGGAUCACCUGUCCACAGCCGCAGAAGAACACACGCUCAAAUAACUCGGCAAAAGAAUUCCGAUAGUAACAUUUCGAAACGAACCAAAAAAGAAGCUGCCUAGAAAUCUCACUACUCCUUGAUUUAGACGUAAGACUUUAGUUUUUAAGGAAAACUAUGAAAACAGCACAUAAUUAUGAUUGUAUUAAAUACUUGUAGAACACCCAGGCUUUAUUUUAAAAUAUUUUUAUACGUUUCUAUUUUAUUUUAGAAAUAAAUCAGUGCAAUAUGUAAAUAACUCUGUAAGAUUUUUAAAUAAAAGAAAUCACUUCUGUGUUUUGCUUUUA